AUGGCCGCCAACACCAUCGGACACACCCAAGAUGGCCGCCAGCGCAACCUGGUGGUGGUGCGUCUCCUGCAGGAGGCCCAGCCCCAGGCCCGCAUCUUCGACGCCAUCGACUCCUUCUUCCCCGAGGGGGAGGCGGCUCCUGGAGGAGCCCACGGCCCGGCCACCCCCCGGGAGCUGGCCCUGGUGGGGGAGGCCCAGGAGAACUUCCGGGAGCUGGUGCUGGGGCUGGUGGCCGACCCCCGGCGCAGACAGGCCUACCUGCAGGUAACGCACCAGUACGGACCAGUAUGGACCAGUAUCAGCCCCACAGUGCUCUCCCUGAACAUCCCACGGCCUCCUAGUGCGCUCCCAGUUCAUCCCAGUAUCCCCCAGUUCAUCCCAGUGCCCUCCCUGCACCUCCCUGUACUUCCCUGUACCUCCCAGUGCCCUCCCAGUACAGACCAGUAUGGACCAGUAUCCCCCCAGUGCCUUCUCUGUGCCUCCCAGUUCAUCCCAGUGCCCUCCCAGUACAUCCCAGUAUCCCCCACUUCAUUCCAGUCCCUCCCAGUUCAUCCCAGUGCCCUUCCUGCACCUCCCAGGGACUCCCAGUACAUCCCAGUGCCCUCCCAGUUCAUCCCAGUGCCUUUCCUGCACCUCUCAGGCCUUCCCAGUGCCCUCCCAGUCCCUCCCAGUAUCCACCAGUACAUCCCAGUGUCCUCUCAGUUCAUCCCAGUGCCCUUCUUGUACCUCUCAGUCCCUCCCAGUGCCUCCCAGUGCCCCCCAGUCCCCUCCCAGUCCCUCCCACUCACACCCAAUGGGUCCAUGCUCCCUGGGGAGGGUCUCCCAGUCCCUCCCACUCCCUCCCAGUCCCCUCCCAGUUCCCCCCAGUGCCUCUCAUUGGAGGAGGUUGUCUGGAGACACGCCCCCUCGGGGCCCCGCCCCCGCGAGCUGCCAAUCCUGAGGAGGUACCUGGCCGACGUGGGACACGCCCACUGCGCCCUGCCCAACUCUAAGCCCCGCCCCCUGCAGGCCCGGUGCCCCGCCCCCUUUGCUCCGGCCCCUCCCCCCGGUGAGUAG